AUGGCACAUGUGUACGAGAACAAUGAGUUGGUGGAUAUGAUCCUAAUUUACGGCGAAUGCCAUCAAAAUGCUGCUGCAGCUUCGCGUGCUUAUUCUGAACGUUUUCCAUUACGUAUCCACCCCAAACCAGCUGCAUUUGUGCGUCUAAUUCAGAGGGCUCGAGAUUAUGGAGAAUUACGGGAAAAUCGGGGAAGACAUGCUGGAAGGGGUAGACCGCGUCAAAUGCUUGCAGUUGAAGAGGAAAUUAUUAAUUUGAUUGACGAUGAUCCCACAACUAGUUCACGAGAAAUUGCAAGACGGGUGGGUGUCAGUCAAAUGAAAGUUUGGCACACGCUACGACAGGAGCAAUUCGAAGACGAAUUCGCUUUUCUGGACUUGGUAAAAGCUGGUAGGAGUACUGGUCCAUGGCAUACCGUGAUUUCCAAAGAUGGCAUUCCAAUAAAAGUGAAAAUUGUCACUGGAGCAAAUGUGGCCGUAAUGAAAAGCGACAGUUUGUCAAAUUUGAAAAAUAUCAAAUUUGUCGAUUCACAGAAAAUCCUCUGGAAAUAA